GCCUUGUUCAAAGUUUGUCUGGCUUUAAAGUGCGGAUACUUUACGCAGUUGCUUCUUCAACCUUCUUUUUAUUAUUAAUUUUUAUUUCCUCUAUUUUCAAAAAUGAGUCAUUCCUUCUUGAUUCAUGUUUCGAAAACCAUACCUCGUUCCAAGGUGAAUCAGGCAAUAUGGUCCCAACUGCAAUCGCCCAUGACAAACACCAAACCCUUAAAUUUACGUUCAUUCUCUUCCAGCCGUAGUCAAGCCAACGUAUCAAUUUGGGGAGGGGAGGGCAUUGCUCGCACUAUGCAAAACAGCCCAGUGUGCAUUGGCUUACAACCUAUUCGUAACGCUGCAGCUUUAAGACGCGCUGCUUCAUCGUAUAGUGCAGUUGAAAUGAAGGAACGCGAUCCCAAAGACAACCCUUCAGACCAAGCACCACCACCACCAGGAAAUAAUGGAAGUACUUCAGGAGGCGAAAGCGGAAACGGCAACAAUGGAAACGGUGGCGAUGGUAAAUCUAACAAAAACCCCAAUUGGGAGGCUGUUGAGAAUCAAUUGCAAAAACCCGUUGUCCCUGACGUAUAUCCACAAGUUUUGGCUUUGCCUAUUGCUGGAAGACCUUUGUUCCCUGGUUUCUACAAGGCAGUGGUCAUUAAAGAGCCCACAGUCACUGCAGCCAUUAAAGAGUUAAUGAAGCGUGGCCAACCUUAUGUCGGUGCAUUUUUAUUAAAAGAUGAAACUUUAGAUGUUGACACGAUUACGAAUAUCGAUCAAGUCCACCAAGUCGGUGUUUUUGCACAGAUCACUAGCGUGUUCCCUGCCUCUUCUGGAAAAGAGGAAACUGGAUUAACUGCCGUACUCUAUCCCCAUCGACGUAUUAAAAUUAACGAAUUGUUACCUAUUAAGGAUAAACAUCAUAUGGCUGCUAUUGAAGAGGUUACUUCUAAAGAAGCAGUAUCUGAACAUAGUGGAGAAAAGGUGAUCGAAAAGGCCGAAAAGAGUAUUGAAUCUGAAUUUCAACCUGAAAAGGCAGUUGUUCAAAAGUCUGAUGAAUUUAUGGCAGAUGAAGCAGCAGAGGCUAAACCCGAGUCACAAUAUGCAACAUCGUUUUUGGCAGAUGACUAUGCUGUUUCGCUUGUAAAUGUUGACAACUUUGUAGAACCCGAAUUUUCCAAAAAGAGUCCAUACAUCAGAGCUGUUACGUCUGAAAUUGUUUCUGUUUUUAAAGAGAUUGCGUCUUUGAACCCUCUGUUUAGAGACCAAAUUGCUAGUUUCAGUAUGGCACAGUCUGCUGGUAAUGUAUUUGACGAACCCUCUAAGCUUGCCGAUUUUGCUGCGGCUGUUUCUGCUGGUGAAGCAUCGGAACUUCAAGAGGUGUUGGAAACAUUGCCCGUCGAAGAAAGACUUCAGAAGUCUCUUGUUGUACUCAAAAAGGAACUCAUGAAUGCUCAAUUACAAAACAAGAUCUCCAAGGAUGUCGAAAGCAAAAUUGCGAAACGCCAACGUGAAUACUAUUUGAUGGAACAAUUAAAAGGUAUCAAAAAGGAACUUGGUUUGGAAAGUGACGGAAAGGAUAAGCUUGUAGAAGGGUUUAAGGAAAAGGCUGCUAAACUCGCAAUGCCUGUUGCCGUUAAGAAAGUUUUCGAUGAAGAAAUCACCAAACUUGCCCACCUUGAACCUGCUGCUUCUGAAUUCAAUGUCACUCGUAAUUAUCUUGACUGGAUUACUCAAAUUCCCUGGGGUCAGCGCUCUCGCGAAAAUUACAACAUCCGCCAUGCAACUACCGUUUUGGAUGAAGAUCACUACGGUCUUAAGGAUGUAAAAGAUAGAAUUUUGGAAUUCGUCGCUGUUGGUAAAUUGAGAGGAACAGUGGAAGGAAAAAUCCUCUGUCUUUCCGGCCCUCCCGGUGUAGGUAAAACUUCUAUUGGUAAGAGUAUCGCUCGUGCCCUGGAUCGCGAGUUUUUCCGUUUCUCUGUUGGUGGUUUGACCGACGUAGCUGAAAUUAAGGGCCAUCGUCGUACGUAUGUUGGUGCUAUGCCAGGAAAGGUCAUUCAAGCCUUGAAGAAAGUCCAGACUGAAAAUCCCUUGAUUUUGAUUGAUGAGAUCGAUAAGCUUGGUAGAGGUCAUCAAGGUGACCCUUCAUCUGCCCUUUUGGAGUUAUUAGAUCCCGAGCAAAACAGUAGUUUCUUGGAUCAUUAUAUGGAUGUUCCUGUUGAUUUAUCUAAAGUUUUGUUUGUUUGUACCGCCAAUGUUUUGGAUACGAUACCUGGUCCUCUCUUGGAUCGUAUGGAAGUCAUUCAACUGUCUGGUUAUAUUGCCGAGGAAAAGGCAGCUAUUGCUGAAAAAUACUUGGCCCCUACCGCAAAGAAGGCUGCUGGUCUUGAAAAUGUCAAUGUUAACUUAACUCCCGAAGCUAUUGAUUCAUUGAUCAAGAGUUAUUGUCGCGAAAGUGGUGUUCGUAAUUUGAAAAAACAUAUCGACAAGGUUUUUAGAAAGGCAGCUUAUAAGGUAGUACAGGAAAUCGGACAAGAUGAUAAGGAAUCAGAAGAAGUCAAGGAGGUUAAGGAAGAAAAAGAUGACAAAGCUCUUACUGAAGACUCUAAGCUCCAAGACGCUGAUCAAAAGCCCUUGUCUGUUUCUGGUGAUGUUUCCAUUAAUAUUGAUAGCUCCAACUUGAAGGAUUAUGUUGGUCCUCAAGUAUAUCAAACUGAGCGUCUUUAUGAACAAACACCUCCUGGUGUCGUAAUGGGUUUGGCUUGGACAAGCAUGGGUGGAACAUCCCUUUAUAUUGAAUCUGUUCUUGAAUCCUCUCUUGGACCUAAAUCCACACCUCAUCUUUCAAAGACUGGUCAACUUGGAGAUGUCAUGAAGGAAUCUACUAGUAUUGCUUAUACAUUUGCUAAAUCUUUAAUGGCAACCCAUUUCCCUAAAAACAAGUUUUUCGAUAAGGCUAAGGUUCAUUUGCAUUGUCCUGCAGGUGCCGUUCCUAAAGAUGGCCCAUCUGCCGGUGUCACUAUGACCACUGCUUUAGUUUCAUUAGCUCUCAAUAGACCAGUCAGUGCAAGCAUUGCCAUGACAGGUGAGUUGACUGUUACCGGUAAGGUUUUGAAGAUUGGUGGUUUGAAGGAAAAGACAAUUGCUGCCAAGCGAUCUAAGGUUGACACCAUCUUAUUCCCCAAGGAUAACCAAGCGGAUUGGGAUGAUUUGCCUGAAUACAUCAAGGAAGGUUUAACAGGUGUUCCCUGUGACACCUAUAAGGACGUCUAUGAUGUUGUUUUCGGAGAUGUCAAGAAGGAUGAAGCUGAGAACGUGUGGGGUGACCUUUUGACUGAAAAAGAAGAAGCCGCAAAGACCGCUUGAAGAAAGAAAGGAUUUCUCACAGAUUCAAAAAACCGUUUCAAUACAUGUAUAAAUAAAUAAAAAUAUAUAUUUUACUAAUAGCCACAAAGCAACGGUACAUGCAGUAUUGUGGAUAUU